AUGGAAGAAGAGAGUGAUGGCCCUUUUAAUGUUUGGCAAAUGUUUAAUGCUCCAAUAAAUGUAUUGUUUCAAAACCUGGAGCAUGCAGAAGAUGGAUUAGUUACAUUGUUGACUUCCAUUUUAAAGUUAUCAGGAGACUUUUCUGAAGUGUUGGUUCCUCGUCCAGGAGGUUUUAAGUGUCCAGAAUCAUACUAUUGCGCUUUUAACACAUGGCUUAUUGGAAGACUAUUUUAUAUAAGCUCAGUGAAAGCACUCCACAGGAUACAUGAAACCAGCAAAGAUGCGCAACUAAAAAUUUUAAAUAUUUUGUGCAUUAAUGGAGCUUCGUUUUACAAAAAAGUCCACUCAGAAUAUUAUACAAUUUUAACUAAUCUUUUACAAUUUUACUGUGAUUAUGCAAAAAAUAAUGAAAUAGAGUUAAAAUUACAGAAUUUUACUCCAGAACAAGUUCAAAUACCAAAUGCUAAUAUUAAAUUGGAACCAAUAUAUGUAAAAGUUAAUGAUCUUGCUACAUGCAAAACUUUGAUAAGCAUAAAUUUAAGAUUAUUGGCUGAAAGUAUCCCACCCAGUCUUCUUUGUAAUAAGACGGGCCAUGAAAAUGGUCUUUUUGAUAAAAUAUUAAAUGCAAUAGAAAAUUUUAGUACAGAUAUGAAAUUAGUAGGAUUAAAAUUCUUCAAUAAUUUGAUUAUGAAUAUCCGAAGAGUACCUGUAAGUGAGUUCCAAGAAAUGUUUCCAAAUAUUUAUAAUAAUCUACUUCUUAUCAUGAAAGCUUUGAUACAAACAUUGAAUGUACUGCAUGAUAAAGGUGAAAUUGAUAAUAUGAUGCUGAUUGAUUUUAAUUUAUUAUAUAUAGAACUUAUUAAAAUUAUUGGAGACAGCUUGAAAAUUGAACACAAAGAGGAUUUCACAGAUAUAUGCAAUGUUGUUCUUAGCAAUACAUCCAACAGAAUCUUCAAUAAAGAUCUGAAACUGCUUUCUUUAUCAAUGAGUGGAAAAGUACAUUUAAAUAAUGAUUAUUUAAAUAUUGUGGAUAUGGAUUGUGAUGAAAUAAAUUGUCUGGCAGAUUUCUAUUGUUCUCAUAUACUUGAACAUAUUAAUACUGAAAGAAUAAAAGAUAAACCAAUUGAUUUAAAGGAAAAUAUUUAUCUGAAUAGAAUUAUAUCUGUGAUAACAUCUGUAAAAGCUUGUGAUCAACCAAAUAUUGAUAUAUUUCUUAUAAAUCAUCACUUAUCCAGAUGUCUAAGUGCCUUAUGUGUUUUAGAGAAAGUUAUUAUACAAAUUGUUUAUAAGGUAGAUACAAAUAUGAUAAGUAAACAAGAAAUUAAAUUGGUCUGGUUAACAUUAGUAAGGUUGAUAAAAGAGAAGAAAGCUGUUAUAAUAAGUAAUGAAACAAGUAUAAAAUUGAUAAUGAAUAUCAUUGUGAGUACAGUAAGCUUGCAAACAAACUUGAUAGCAGAUGAUGUCAACAUAGUACUUCAACUCAUAUGCUUCCAAGAAUCUCAUGUGUUCACAGAAUCGAACUUUUCAUUCACUAAUAAUAUUAAGUUGAAUAUCUUAAAAUAUCUGCUAGUGAAUAAACUCAUUAUUACGAAGAACCCUGCAUAUGAGAAAUGGAAUAAAAUUAUAACAUUCCUGUACAGUUCAUUGAUGAGAAAUAAGGAUUCAUUUCAAUCUAAACAGAUUAUUGAAAUGUGUCCUCUGUUUUUGGUAAACAAAAUUUUAUCUGCAAGCAAAAUUAUUGGAGAGAUUUUAAUGCCCGCCUUCAUGUCCAAAGAAACCAGUUAUCAGAUUGAAGUGUUAAGAAUAUUACCAUCAGUUGUCUGUAUUUCAUUAGGAAGUUAUGAUAUUGUUAAAACUUUUGGUGCAGACUAUUGGAAUUUAGUACAGAGGCUUUGCAAUCAUUACUAUAUAUUUGACCAUGGAGUUUCAACAGAUAUAAUACAAGAAAAAUAUUUAGAUGAUGUCUUAAAAACUUUUAAACCUUUCAUUGAUGUUCAGAAUAACAAAGACCAGGAUUGGAUAACAAAUCGUGAUAUGAUAAUGAAUUUAUGUGUGAAUCUUCUUGUUAAAUCAACAUUAAGAAGUCUAGAAAAUAAUGAUUACAAUCACCAAACUCAGACUUUAGACUGGAUUAAGAGUCUAGGUCUAUGUAGUAAUGAAAAGUUAAUCCUGCCAAUAACAAAAUUAUUAGUCUACUUCAUAAUGCAACCACAGUGUUCUUUAGCACCAAAGGCUAUCGUUUAUUUAAGAGAGGUUUGCGAAUAUCAAGAUCUGACUCCAAAUCAAGUAUAUCACAGAUAUAAGAAGGAUUAUUGCAAGUUGUUUGUGGAGUGCAGCCUUUAUAAUGGAAAAGAUUUUGCUAUUUUCCUUCUAAAAGUCGUUAGAGCAUUCGGAUUUGUUGGAUACAGGGAUUUUAUAUCCAAAGAUAUCCAUCAUUUUCUGCCUUAUCUCAUACCAUACUCGGUGACUGUAAAGGAAGUUCCAUCUAUGAUAGAAGAGAUUGCUGUUCUGGUGCAAUGCUCGGUCUCAGAUUUUCUUAUUGAGAGAUUUCCUCACAUAUAUGUUCAUGUCUAUCUAACAGAAUCAAAGGAAACAUCAAAAAAAUGCUUUGAUAUCAUUGAGAGAUUGACUAAAACGUCCACUCUGAAUCUAAUAAAGAAACAUUUUAGGGUGAUUUUGACGGAGUUUCUUUUACAAUACUGCUGUAAUCCAAGAAAAGUUUUGGAAGCUUGUAAAUACUUGGCCUAUCACGACCCAGACGUUUCUUCAUCUCAAGGCAAUAUUCUUAAGAGUUCAGCACAAGUAGCAGACUUUCUUAAUCCGAAAUUUUUAGGUGUCUUAGCUUACUUUGACCAUAAGCUCGUGAACGCCAAAGUGGCUCUAUCAGUUAAACGUAAAGCGUUAAAAAGUUUUUCUGACAUAAUACAAUUAAUGGGUAUUAGAUAUUUAACGCCGUUAAGGUUCAAAAUUUUGGCCACCUUGAGAUCAGCUUUGCCUUUAGCAAAGGAAUUUCCCAUUAUUCUUGCAGAGGCAUGGUCUGCCUUCAUCCACAAUAUUGACAGCAGUUCUUUGGGACCCCUAUUGUCCAAUCUUGCUGCUCCACUUUUGCAUCAGAUCGAAUACGCGCCAAAUGAAAUAAAUAGUAUAUUCCAAUACAUGAUUUUGAAAAAUGAAAAUCUUCUUAGCUCACAUAUAUCAAACUUGUUCUUUUUGGAAGAUUCGAAUGUAUCGGAUAACGUGAAAAUGGUGAUUAAGAGACAUGUUAAAAGAUCACAGCCGGAGAGUUUUCAGGAUAAAAUAAAAUGGUACUUGCAGCAUUUGAAUCACGACAUACCUAUUAUUAAGGCAAACGUCUUCUGUCAUAUGGAGAAACUAUUGAAGAGUAAUAGGAGUGAAAUACAUAGAUCUAUAUUCGGUGGAAGAGCGAUUGAGGCGGUCAUUGUUGAACUCAUUGAUUCUUUACUGAUCGGUUGCAAGGACAUUAACCCUCAAGUGUCCUUGGCGAGUGGUUCCUGUUUAGGUCAACUGGGUGCCAUAGAAGCCGGUCAUCUCCCGCGCCAGUACGUCCAACCUGAUAGAUCUCCAUUCGCCUUCUUCAUUAACGACGAUUGCUUUGCCGCUACGGCUCUCACUGAACUGGCUAGAGCUUUUCAAUACGAAAAGGAUACUAUGAACAUGGACUGCUACGCUUUAACUAUACAGGAGAUAUUGAAAAUUUAUGGCAUAUCCCCAAAUGGCUCUAAGAAGGAAGUGUGGGAUAGUUUCUCAGAAAACAUGCAUCAGUUAAUGUCACCACUGCUGAGUUCUAGGUACACAUUGGCUUAUCCAUCGCAGCCAAAGAAAGUUCAUCCUUUAUUCGGAUCGAUGCACGCUACUACGUUUUUGGAAUGGGCACAUAAUUGGUCGGGACAGCUGAUUGAUCUGAUAGAAUCCAACGAUAUAAAGGAUCUUCUCCGUACAGUUCAUCCCAGUAUGCGGCGUGACGUUCGAACACUAUUCCUCUUCCUUCCAUAUGUUUUGUUACACGCUAUAAUGUCUAAAACUAACAUACGGUACAUACAAGAGGAGAUAUUGGCCGUUAUAGGAGGUCAAAAUUCUAAGAAUGACUGCAGUAUCUCUGCAGAGAGAUCGAAGUAUAAAAUAUUAAAACACAUCAAAAUGACGCCAAACAUAAAUCCUGUUCAUACAGAAGAAGGGAAUCAAACGAAAUGCAGCAAAACUAUAUACACUUUAUUCGACUUUUUGAAUCGCUGGCUCCUUGAAUGGACUAAUGUCAAACAGAAACCGUUAGAAAAUGAAAACUACAAAGCAAUAAAGAAAUUUAUGGAUUCGUUUGACAAAUUGGCCAUUGCAAGAGGGAAUUACGCAUGUGGAGAAUUGGAACGUGCCUUGCAAUAUCUAGAAAUGUAUAUGGACGAAGAUAAAGACAGAAUACAGGAACAGUUACCCUUUCUGGCUGAAAUAUACGCGCUGUUGGACGAACCGGAUUCCGUGUCUGGAAUCCUCUCUAUCCAGCGCGCUGAGCCGUCGUUGCAGGAGUUGAUCCUCGUGCAGGUAGUGACCGGCCGCUUGCAAGACGCCGCUCUGUGUUACGAACGUCUGGCUCAUAGACACCUCGACGAACACAGUCUGCAGGGCAUGACUGAUUGUUACCUCGCCCUGGACCAGCCCUUCACAGCUCUCCGUCUGCUGAGCGAGCGUCAGCACGAGCCGCCCGUCGAGCUGUGCGCCGAGCCGCUCUGGAGGUUGGGGCGGUUUGAACAGCUGGAACAACUCACUGAUACACCUGUACCUCCAUCCCGUGAAAACUGGGGCCUGCUUAUGGGUAGAAUUCUUCUGGCGUACCGAAAACAAGAUGAAGAUUUAUUCAAAGUGACGUGUGAUAACGCAAUAAAUAGAUUGCUCCUACAGAUGGACGGAGAGAGUCAGGGUGAAAACGCUCUUAGAGGUGGAUAUCAAAGCGUUCUUGGUUUGCAUAUCGUGAAAGAAGUGCAACAUGCGCAGGAGCUAUUACGGAGUUUGAAGAAUUUACAAGACGGAAAUGAACAGAGCACUGAAAUGAUAAACACACUUCUUAGUGAAUGGCGUUUGAGGCUAGCCGUAGUACAGUCCGACGUGAGAACUAUUGAACCGUUGUUACGACUAAGAAGGAUAUUGCUGCAGCAAACACAGGAGCUGUUAGAACCAACGCACGCCGCAACGGCUAACAAGUUGAAGGCGUGCAUCGGAAAUUUGUGGCUGCAAAGCGCAAAACAUGCUAGAAAAGCCGGUAUUUUUCAACAGUCCUACAUGUACAUCCUCAACGCUGAAGAGUAUAAACCGCCGGAGUUGUUUAUAGAAAAGGCCAAGAUGUACUGGUCACGUGGACAACACGAGUCAGCCUUCACUACACUGAAGAGAGGACUCGAGGAGGCGUUCCCCUCCACUGACACGCUCACACCGGAACAGAGGAAAACAUGCGCCAAAGCAAAACUGUUGAUAGCCAAGUACAACGAUGAAACAAGCAGCGUAGACGUUAACGUUAACAUAAAUUACUACAAGGAAUCUGUUGACGCCUUUAAACAUUGGGAGAAGAGUCUGGUGUGUUUGGGCGCGUAUUACGAGAAAGUGAGCUCUAUCGACACUAACACUAAUAUGAUGUGGUCCCGCCGGCUAUACGCUCUCAAUAGUUACGGGAAGUCGCUACAGUAUGGACAUAAGUACUUGUACCAGAGUAUGCCGAGGAUGUUGUCAAUAUGGUUGGAUGUGGAAGUUUCGUCGGCAGAUCCAAAUUCUCACGCGAUCGUGACCGAGAUGACGGAAGUUAUAAAAAAUUAUUCUGAAAAGUUGCCUAUUUAUUUGUAUUUUACUGCCUUCUCACAAAUAAUAUCAAGGAUAUGUCACCCAAAAAUAGAGGUGUAUAAUCAGCUAAAGGCGAUUAUAGUGAAACUGUUAGCGGCUUACCCACAACAGUCUCUAUGGAUGAUGCUGUGUGUGCUCAAAUCCAGUUACCCUGCGCGCGUGGCUCGAUGUGAACAGGUUUUAGCUGAUGCGCGACUCAAGCCAUUGGGCAAGCUGGUGCGUGACUUCAAACAGCUUGCUGAAAAACUGAUCGAGUUAUGCAACAAGCCGAUAGCUGGGAAAGUUAUGAGUGCAACAGUAUCAAGUCUAGUUCCAACUUUGCCUCGUCUUCUCGAGUCAGAAGGCUUCAGUCACAUAAUGAUGCCGUUCCAAGAGUUCUGCAAGAUAGUACUACCGUCUAAAGCAGCGAGCGACAUGCCCUUCACUAUACCGACCGAGCCGAAGGUUUAUAUAGCGGGGAUACAAGAACAACUAACCAAGUUGCCAUCUUUGCAGCAACCCAGAAAGGUUACCUUGAUGGGUUCAGACGGAAAGAAGUACAUUAUCAUGUUAAAACCUAAAGACGACCUGCGCAAAGAUUUCCGUUUGAUGGAAUUCAAUGGCGUCGUUAAUAAAUUCCUUCAAGACGCACCUGAAACUAGGAAGAGGCGGCUUUAUAUAAGAACAUACAGCGUGCUGCCUCUUAACGAGGAAUGUGGCCUGAUAGAAUGGGUUCCCAACCUCGUUGGAUUACGACCGAUUCUCAUACAUAUAUAUAAACAGAAAGGCAUGCAAACCAGCAACAGUGAGCUCCGGAAAAUGAUGUGUUCAAGUCACGACCCGGUGGAGAAGAAGCGUGAUAUAUACGAGAGGAUGUUACUGCCGCGACAUCCGCCGGUCUUCCAGGAGUGGUUCAGGAAGACCUUCUCGGACCCGUACGGAUGGUAUCAAGCGAGGUCAGCGUAUAUAAGAACCACCGCUGUAAUGUCCAUAGUGGGUUAUAUUUUAGGUCUUGGCGACAGACACGGUGAGAACAUAUCGUUCGACUCCACUAACGGUGACACAGUACAUGUGGACUUCAACUGCCUGUUCAAUAGAGGUGAGAGUUUCGAAUGGCCCGAGCGGGUGCCCUUCAGACUUACACACAACAUGCAGGCGGCCAUGGGGCCCCUCAAACACGACGGCAUGUACAGGAAAUGCUGUGAGGCUGUGACCCGAGUGCUUCGCUCUCAGACAGAGGCUCUCAUGUCUGUUGUGGGACCGUUCGUGUAUGACCCUCUGGUCGCUUGGAACAAGAGACACGACACCGGAGAGAGAACCAACGACCAGGCGAAGUUACAUCUCAAACAUAUACUGCAGCGCUUGAGAGGGAUGGUAAAAACUAAAAAUACGGAGUUUUCAUUGUCGUUGUCACCGGAAGGUCUUGUGGAGCAUCUGAUAGCUGAGGCCACGAGUGUUCAUAAUCUGUGUCAGAUGUAUAUCGGCUGGGGAUCGUUUUUAUGA